AUGGAUCUUUUGGAGAGGGUUUACAAUACCCAGUUCAGAUCAUUAUUCACAGCCCCAGUUUUGCAGUUCUUAGGGACAAUAGUACAUCAUAUGUUGAUGAGGAGGGUAAGCUCAAACUCCAAGGAGAUAACUUUCAUGGUGAAUGGGCAUGAACUUAUAUUUGGUAUGAAGGAGUAUGCGUUGGUUACAGGCCUAUACUUCUGCAGUUUUCCUGAGUUGAACGAAGAAGAAUUUCGAGGUUGUCCACCUCUCUCGGUGAAAUAUUUCAAAGGGAAAAAUAGUGUGCGAAUGAGCGAGUUGGAGACUGCUUUUUUGAAAUGCAAAGACAAGGAAGAUGCAUUCAAGAUGGGGAAAAACACCUUGAUAGAGGUAAAGUCUGCCCUUAAGACCACGGAUGUGACUGAGAUGGAAGAGUCCUCCAUGGAGAAGAGGUUAUAUAGUGGUGAGGAAUUUGAAGAAAUGGACGAGACAACUGAUGUUUUUUUUUUGAGAUAUUUACUAAAGGGAAGGAAGAGAAAGGUUGAAGGAACUCUCAAAGAAGUAGUCAACUUGAAGAGGAAGCUUGCUUAUGUAUUGAGCCCGACUCGUAUUCCUACUCCCCCCACCGCGACGUCAAGUCCUCGGACACCUUCUGUUGGUGUUGGAUGUAAAUGUGAUGAACUGAAGGAGGAGGUGAAAGAGAUGAAAAUAGAGUUGAAGGAGGAGUUGAAAGUGCUGAAAACAGAGAUCAUCAAAGAGUUGAAAAUCACAAACAAAGAAACUCAACAAACUCACCUUGAUUCGAUGAAGAUGAUGGUGAAGGAUCCUAAGGAAGAAUUCGAGGAGAAGAAGAGCAAGGUUGACCAGAAUGUGGAGAAGAAUGAGGUGAAGAAUCCUAAAGAUGUGAAGGUCGAAGAAUUCGAGGAGGAGGAGAGCAAGGUUGACCAGAAUGUGGAGGAGACUGAGGUGAAAUAUCCUAAGGAUGUGAAGGUUGAAGAAUUCAAAGAGGAGUGCAAGGUUGUUGACCAAAAGGAGGAGAGCAAGGUUGUUGUUGAGCAGAAGGAGGAGAGCAAGGUUGUUGUUGAGAAGAAGGAGGAGAGCAAGGUUGUUGUUGAGCAGAAGGAGGAAAGCAAUAUUGUUGUUGAGCAGAAGGAGUAG